GUCGCAGCACGCUAUCCUGAGUAUAACGUCACGACAUUUAUGCCUUUGUGGCUUUUUACAGAUCAGUACGAUUUGGUUGUACCAAAUACGGUUCAAGAUAUUGUGAUAGCCGUAUCGUGCAUGCUGUUCAUAGCCUUUCUGCUUAUUCCGCAACCCUUUUGUGCUCUUUGGGUGGCUUUCACUAUAGGGUCAAUCGACCUUGGUGUCUUAGGAUACAUGACACUAUGGGGAGUCAACUUGGACGCCAUUUCGAUGAUCACGAUCAUCAUGUCGGUUGGAUUCUCUGUAGAUUACUCAGCUCACAUUGCUUAUGGAUAUGACGCCAUCUCGAUGAUCACGAUCAUCAUGUCGGUUGGAUUCUCCGUAGACUAUUCGGCUCACAUCGCUUAUGGAUAUGUGGUUUCAAAAGGGGCCGAUCCUCGUGAGCGGGUCCGCGAUGCGCUGGGCGACCUUGGAUGGCCUGUUGUUCAGGGUGCUGCUUCUACAAUAUUGGCUUUCUGGCUGAUGUACCUGCUUAUAUGA